AUGUUCGUCUCACGUGGUUACCUGUUGAUCUCGAUAGUCGCUGCUGCGUCUGCAGCGCCAAGAAGACACACCAGAUCGAAUUUACCGCUGUGGCAUUUACCAUGUGGCGAAGAACUAGAAAUCGACGAUAAUUUGGACGGAAACAUCGAACAAGAAACCAGCAACAGUAUACAAAAUCUUAGGCUACAACACGAAUUGACUAUCAAUGAUUAUUUGAGUCGAGACUACGAGUACCUGUAUGAGAAUGUUCGAAUCGGUGUUGAAGAGCAUCAGUACAUCCCGAACUGGGUUCCGGGCGAGAAGGACACGCAUAUGAUCAAGAAUCUUGCUAACACUAAUUCGCAAACGAUCGUCAAUCACUUUCCAAAGUUGCACACGGAUCUUCAAAAAUUUGCGGUAGCGUUCGAGGAAUUGUUGGAGGACGAGAUGAGUUUGAAAAAAUACAAAGCUUUAAAGACGACGCAGUCUUACCUGAUGAUGAUGCUGUGCGAAGUAGAAAGCAAUAUCGUGGCCCUGCCGUCUCUUAGGAUUCCAUCGCGUGUAGGAAGGAGCAUCAUGAACAAGGUAGAACGAAACCCUGAGGACGAUACUAGAAGACUUAUUCGUGACUGGGGCGUGCUUCUCAAGUACAGAGAUUAUCUUCACGCUUGGAGGCACGUUUUCAAUUAUUAAGUAGCGCCGGAAGAAACGUCUGAUAACAACGUUCGAAUUCGAUAGUAAAAAUGUCGAAAAAAAAAUUUAUUUGCCACAGUCGAUAACAGGUUCGACGAAAAUGAUACGUCGAACGUAGUUGGAGGAUUUGCGGUAAUGAGGAGGCGGUUCUAAUAUUUUAACGAUUAUCAAUUUAAAAAGUAUUUAUUGCGAUGGAAGAAGGAGGGUCUCGUGUUGGAAACGUUUGAAAAGUGGGUUUUAUUUUGGCUGAUUUUCCAUUGCUGUUUCAUGGUUUACUCAGAUUACUGUGAAGUGCAGUUGUCUCCUUCAGUAACAGCAAUUGAAGAUCACAUGGGAACAACGUGAUAAGUCGUGACCUGUUGUCAUAAUUUUCAUAUUAAUUCUUAGCUAAAGGAAAGUAUCUCAGUAAGAGCAAGUCGAAGGAGGAAAGAAAUUGAUAGGUUCGAAACUAUAAUUCUUUUGAAAGUAAAUUCUUAUAUUUUGUAAAAAUCAGAAGCCUGAGUAAUGUUAUAACAAUCGAUAUUUUUGAACUAUUUAUGGGGAAAUUUUAAUCUCAAAAUGAAAUAGAAGGUGAAUAAUUGAUGGGGUAUUUUAAAUUUGAAAAUUGCUCUCUAGAAAAGGGCCAAAAAUAUGACAUAUCUUGAUUUUCCCUUAAGUUAUUUAAUUAAAAUUUGAGCAAAAUUGAUCGAGAAUUUACGACAUAGAAUUCCGAUCGACGAGGGAAGCAAAAUCGUGUCACAAUAUGCAUGACUAAUAAACGACAACAGCUAAAGUCAGCUGUGAUAAAAUCGUUCGAGAUAACCUGACAAUUGCGAAACGUAGUUGAAAUGGCAUCAUGUUACUUAAUUUAUUUAUUCAUGAACAUUAUUUAUUACGAUCAUCGAGCAUUAGAAUUAGUAUUUAUUAUCUAUUCAUUAUUUAUUUAGAAUAGUUAUUUAUUAAAAUGAACCUCUUUGAAGUGCCUUUUCGAAGAAUUCUCGGGUGCAAUUUGUGAUAAUCAGUUAUCUAGGAAAAUUAUCUUCCUAAUAAUUGAUCGUAUUAGUGAAUAGGUAUCAAUGAAAGACAAUAAUUGUAAUAGGUUAUAUAUUGUUCAGUAUUAUCGAGUAGAUAUUUAUACCGUAGAUCUAUUUAUAG